GUAAACACGCUGUGUCCGCGGGUCACCAUGUUUGACACGUGCCACGGCGUGCUAGAAGCUUUGAGUCAACUCUCUAGUUGUGUUUGGUCCCAUCGCACACAAUGUCCUGGCUCCACGCGCUCUCCUGUCUGCUCUGUCUGAGCCCCUGUCUGUCCUACAUCAGCCGCGAGGCCUACGUCAUCAUUGUUCCUGCUCAAGAGAAAACAUGUUUCUCCAAGACCUUCUCGCAAAGCAUCAAAGUCGUCUUCGAGUACAGCGUGACGGCGGGCGGCAACAAAGACAUUGACGCAAGAAUUAUCUCCCCCAAUGGCCUCGUCUUGUACAAGCAGCUCAAAAGCCGGGGGGACGAGGUGUCAUUCAACGCUCAAAAUGGCGACUUUAAAUUCUGUUUCGGAAAUGAGUUCUCCCAAGUGACGGGCAAGCGCAUAGCUUUCAACAUCCGGCCGUUUGACGAGGCGUCUCUGUCGCAGGAGGCAGGAGACGGGGACAAGAAAAUCCCGAGGGUCAGGGGCCCGCUGGAGGCGUUCUGUGACAACAUCCACUUCCUGAUGACAACCGUGGUGGACUUCCAGAUGAAGUACAUGGUCCGCGAGUCCAUGGGCCGCUACGUGGCGGAGAGCCUGAACAAGAGGGUCAUGUGGUGGUCGCUUGGUCAGUCCAUCGUCAUUGUCAUCACCGGCUUCGGUCAGGUGUUCGUCUUCAAGAAAUUCUUCACGGAGAAACGUGCUUCAACUAAACCGUCCGUCAGCUGAUUGAUGCAAGGGGUGUGUUCGUCACGUGCUGUGUACCAAUCUUCAUUGAUCCAUUGUGUAAACAGUUUCUUUGUUCCCUCCCUAUUCACAUUUUUGUACAUGCUAUGUGUGUGUAUAUCUGUGUGUGUAUGUGUGUGUAACACUUUACCGUUUAUGUUCCUACUCAGUAGCGUAAAACUAAAUUAUUUUUAUCAUUAAAUGUAUUUUU